AUGUCUUCUGAGUUGAGAUACACGGCAAACACGCAGUUAGAGCACCUUCAUGCUCGUUACACGGGCACUGGGCAUGCCGAUUUGAGCAAAUAUGAUUGGCUCACGCAUCAGCAUCGCGAUACGCUGUCGUCCAUUGUUGGCCACCCGACGCUCACCUCAUACCUGGCCAUUGCAGACGGGGAGGCUACAGGCAGGAUUAAAUUUGAGAUGACAGAGCGAAUGCUGCAGCCAUGUGGGCCGCCUCCUGCCAAAGACGAGGAGUAG